AUGUUGCCUGACUCGUGCUCGGCUGACCAAGUUAUCGGGACGGCUGCAGAUAGCAAGCCUGACAAUAACAGCAAGCCUAACAAGGCGGCUGCUGAUAGCAAGCCUAACAAGGCAGCUACUGACAGCGACCCUAAUAAUAAUAUUGCGCUUCCAGAUUUGGCCAAAGAGGGAUUAGUUAGUCCAGCUGCGAACAAAGAUGUUUCUCCCAGCAGGGCGCCUUCUGACAGCAAGCCUAACGAGACCGCGGCUGAUAUCAAGCUGAUCGUACAAGAAGGGGAAAUUCUUGGACCAGCUGCGAUCAACGAUGCUCCCAACGGGGAGUCGGCUGACAGCAAGCAUGACCAGACCGCGGCUGAUAGCAAGUCUAAGGAGGCGGAAGUUGGUAACAAGCCUCACGCCAGUCGAGAUUUAGAUUUAGAAGAAGGUGAAAGUCUCAGACCAGCUGCAAACGAAGAUGCUUCUCCCAAUGGGGCGGCGGCUGACAGGAAGUCUAACAAGACGGCUGCUGAUUGCAAGUCUAACAAGACGGAAGUUGAUACCAACCCUAACGGAGGUCCGCAUUUAGAAGAAGGCGAGAUUCUCAGCCCAGCUGCAAACGGUACGACCAAGCCUAACGGGGGUCCGGAUUUAGAAGAAGGCGAGAUUCUCAGCCCAGGUGCAAACGAACCUGCGAUCGAGACAGAUGGACUCUUGUGGGCAAACGGGCUCUUUACUGAGCUAGGACUCGCGACCUUCUUGGAAGAAUUGAAAACCACCAGCUUUUUUCAAGGACCCUUGACAGAUGGCCAGUUUGGUCAAGUCCUUGGCCAGCUGCGCUCAACCCACGGAUUUAGCCACCUCUACAUGGAAUACCUGGAUACUCAAUGCAUGAGUACUCCCAAGAGACUGGUAGAGAUGCUCCGCCAGCUAUGGUUGGACGAAAGCGCGCAUGGAUUGCGUUGUCACUAUCCGGAGUGUAUAGCUUGUCACGACAUGGAGUUCGAGGUAGAUGACAGUGGAGGUGAGUAG